AUGAUUGCAAUUUCUAUAGGCAGUAAUGCAGAACCUUUGGAGGCUAGAAUGAAUUAUAUAAAUCAAGCUUUUGAAUAUCUAGUAAAUGCUUUUUAUCCGCCAUUAGCAAGUUCAGGUUUAUACGAAUCAAUCACUGCUUACGUUCAAAAUCCUAGUCAACUUACCGUUUAUGACCAGCUGAUUAAAUACAAAAGUUCAUUUUUUGGUGAUACUAAAUACACUGCUUGUCCUUCUCAUCUAAACGCUGUAUUCAUUUUCGAGCUUGUCUAUGAAAGCCCGGAAGAGGUUCUAGAUAUACUUCAAAAUAUUGAAGAACGUAUGGGCCGUGAUAGGAAAUAUUCCGACAUUUUUGACAAAUUUGGCAUUUGCAAGCCUGACAAUAAGCCUUUCCAAGCUAUUAGACCUAUAGAUAUUGAUUUACUACUGUACAAGGGAAAAAAUAUUAACACUUCACGAUUAACUGUGCCGCAUAGUCGGAUGCAUGAACGGCUUUUUAUACUGUAUCCUCUUAAUGAUGCUCUAUCUUUUAAUCACUUACUUCAAGACAAGCUUAAUUACCCUAUUCAUGAUGUUUUAAAAAAACUCGAAAAUAAUGUGAAAGACAGGCCUAUUAAAGUAUUCCCAGUUCAAGAAUCCAAAUUGUGGGCUUUUGGAUCUAAGACUUUACCCAAAAUAAUGGGAAUCUUGAACGUAACAGACAAUAGCUUUACGGAUGGCGGAAAGUAUUUAAGUCUUGAUGCAGCUUUGUUGAAAGCUGAAGAAAUGAUUCAUUAUGGUGCCCAAAUUAUUGACGUGGGAGGAGAAUCCUCUGCUCCAGGAAAUGCUAGAGUAUCUACGGAAACUGAAUUAAGUCGCGUUAUACCAAGAUGGCCAGAUAUUCUUAUUUCGGUAGACACCACAAAAUCCGCGGUUUUACGUGAAGCCGUAAAAGCGGGAGCUAAUAUUCUUAACGAUAUUUCUGGGGGAACAGACGAUGAAGAUAUGCUAUAUACUGCAAAAGAGCUUAAGUGUAUAGUGAUAUUAGGUCAUCGGAAAGGUUCAUCAUUAACUAUGAAUAAUCUAGCAACGAAGACACCUCCUCGAAGUAGAAAAAUACAAGACACACUUAAAUCAGAAGAUAUAGAAAAAAGACGUGAACUAAUUGCUGCUGCUGCGGAAGAAAGAUUAAGAAAAGCCCAAAUGCGAGGACUCAGUCAAAACACCGAGCAAAAAUACAAGUCCGAACAGGCAUUCAGGAAAACUUUAUCAAAAGCACUUCGUAGCGUUGAUAGGAAGUUACGCAAAAGAAGCCGAUCUAAGGAUAGACGAUAUCGCUGUCCCCAGGAACAUCGGUCGUACAUGCACAAAAGUAUCAAUUCAGAUAGAAAUCACCGUAGUAGAGAAGACAAAAGUCGAAAAAGAGAAUGCUCUAUAGACUCUCAACGUGAACGUAGAACAUCGCAUACUAAUCAUAGAGAAGUUACAGUGGAAGAUACUUGUAGCGAAUCAAGUAAAACAAUUCGCGACGAUAUUAAUGUUAAAUCCAGUUCAGUAAGAACAAAAAAUAGUAAAUCUCCCGGAAAUGAUCGCCAUAGUAGAAAAUGGAGGGAUUCAGAUCGUAAUAAUAGUCAUAACUCGAAACCACGUGUUUCUUAUCCAAAUAAAACUCGAAAUAAGUCUACUAGUCGGAAGUCUAAAUCUAGAAGUGGUUCCAACAAAACCCAUGUAAAAGAAUCCUCAAAAGAAUCGAAGUCUAAAAAAGAUAAUAAGAGCAAAUCUCGAAGCCGAUCUAUAAGUCGCUCUAUAGAGUCUGAAGAAAGGAAAAAGAUUGAACGGAGAAAGCAAGAAAGACUUCAGCGCACAAAUGAAAAAGAUACCCAACAACCAAGUGAUGCAUCCGUUGACCCAGCUUCCCAACAAGACCCAUUCAAAAUGAAUCUAUCUGAAUUAGCUAUGUAUUAUGUAGAUUCAGAACCAGACCCCUUAGACGAAUUUAUGCAAGAGGAUGACCCUGUUAUGUCUAUUUCCCUCGACGAAGUUUUAGAUUUACAAAAACAAAUAGCAGACAGUUUAACUAAAUCUGAAGCUGUUAUUGCUACUCCCAUACAAGAAGAUCUUGAUGAUUUUGAAGACAUAGCAAAAACUAAAGCCGCUGAAGAAGCUGCUUUGGCUUCUGUAAUGGCUAAAGAAAACGAGACUACAUCUAGUGUUAAACCGAAGUUUCAAAUUGCCUCAAUUGAUGAGAAAGAUGAUGAAAUUUAUCAUCAAGAGUUUAUUGCACAACUAAAAAAAAAACAGGUUGAAGCUCAACUAGAGGAAGAUAAAAAACGGGCUGAAGCAGAAGCUGAAGCUGCGGAAUUACAGCAAUUUUUGGAAGAGAAAAAUGAAGAAGAGAAAGAAGAAGAUAGGGAUGAAGAUAAAGAAAAUAUGUCAUUAGUUCCAGUUAAAGACGAAGAUGAGUUUUUGGAUGAUGCAGCUGAAGAUGAUUACAGAUACAACGUUAAAGUUGGUUCACAAAAAGAACUCCCGAAUGUGGAUCAUUCUAAAAUCAAUUAUAUGCCUUUCAAUAAAAACUUAUAUGUGCAAGUGAGAGAAAUCACAUUGAUGAAAGACCACGAAGUGGACGCUUUGCGGAAACUUAAUAAUAACAUCAAAAUUCGUGGAAAAAAUUGUCCUCGUCCAAUAAAAACAUUUUACCAGUGUGGACUUCCAGAUGUAGUAUUGAAAAUCAUAGAAAAAAGGGAGUAUCAAAAACUUUUUCCUAUACAGAUGCAAGCUUUACCCACACUUAUGGCAGGAAGAGACACUCUUGGUAUUGCCGAAACGGGUUCUGGGAAAACUUUAGCAUAUCUUCUUCCCCUUCUUCGUCAUAUCUUAGACCAGCCUCCACUUCGUCCCGGUGAAGGUCCUAUCGGACUCAUUUUAGCUCCCACUAGAGAACUCACAGUACAAAUCCAUAGGGAAGUCCACGUUUUUGCCAAGCCUCUUUCUUUAAUAUCGGUUCCAGUAUAUGGAGGAACUGGAAUUGGAAGCCAAUUAUCUGCUUUAAAACGAGGUGCAUAUGUAGUUGUAGCGACUCCCGGCCGACUUAUUGACGUAUUAACAAUAAAUAAUGGAAAAAUUAUCAAUUUAAGGAGAGUUACUUUUGUAAUUUUGGACGAAGCCGAUCGCAUGUUUGAUAUGGGCUUUGAACCACAGAUAAUGUCUAUAUUAAAGACUAUACGCCCUGAUGCCCAGAAAGCUCUAUUUUCAGCUACAUUUCCCCCUUAUAUUGAAUCUCUUGCAAAAAAAAUAAUGAAAAAACCUAUAGAAAUUGUUAUUGGAGAAAGGCAAGCGUCGUCUUCAAAAGUUGAGCAAUUCGUUGAGAUAUGGAACUCACCGAGAGAAAAAUUUCUGCGUCUUUUACAGCUUUUGGGUGAAUGGGCAGAACAUGGUUCAAUAAUAAUCUUUAUAUCUAGACAAAGUGAAGCAGACGAGUUAUUUGCAGAUCUGUUGAGAUGCGGAUAUGCUAGUUUAGUGCUUCACGGAGGACAAGAUCAAACAGAUCGAGAUUUCACUAUACAUGACUUCAAAGAAAACGUAGCUAAUAUUCUUAUAGCAACAUCUGUUGCUGCUCGUGGACUAGAUGUCAAGUCUAUAGUGUUAGUGAUAAAUUAUUGUGCGCCUGAUCAUUUGGAAGAUUACAUUCAUAGAAUCGGUCGAACUGGUCGAGCUGAUAAUAUUGGAGUGGCUUAUACAUUUUUAUCAAAUGAUGACGCAGAUAAAGCAGAAGAUUUAAUUCGAGCUUUGAAGCAAGCAGAUAAACCAAUUCCUCUAGCAUUGAAACAGCUGGCCGACAGUUAUAAGCUUCAACUUAAUAUGGGGUUAAUAAAACAACACGGAAAAGGAGGAUUUAAAGGAAAAGGGUUCAAAUUUACCGCUACUGAAAAAAGUCGUCAACAGCAGGAACGUCUUCAAGCUAAAAAAGAACUAGGUCUUGAAGGCAGUGACGAAGACGAAAUGGCUUCAGAAAUUUUUGAUGACCUUGAAAAUCCUAUGUCUCCUAUAAUGCCUCAACCUGUUCCAAAUACGGAUGACGUUGGAGCCGCUUCCGUUCGAGCUAAGUCUCUAGCCGAUUUGGUGAAUAAAACAGAAUCAUCCAAGGAUAUCAAAAAUAUAAUACAACAAAAGCUAAACGCCAUUUCACCUGCCAUUUCUUCUUUAGCACAAAAGAAUUUAGCUUUAGCCGCUGCUGCAGCUGCUGUAGUUAAUAACAACACGGUUUCACCACAGGCCAGUAAAUCUAGCUUGCUUACUUCAAAUUCAUAUAUUGACUCUCAAACUGGCAAUCUUAUUGAAGAGUUCGAUAUAAACGACUAUCCUCAAAAUGCCAGAUUUAAAGUUACACAUAAAGACGUUCUCAACCGCAUAACAGACCAAACUGGUGCAGUACUGCAAGUGAAAGGACGCUAUGUAGCUCCAGAUGAAAAAGAUUCAGUUGCUAUGCUUGGAGUGAAAAGGUUGUACAUAGAAAUAAUUGGUUCCACUCCAAUAAUCGUUCAGCAUGCAAAACACGAGCUAAGAAGUCUAUUAGAGUCUGUAUCAAUUAAACAACUAAAUAUGCCUGCUUCAGCAAGAGCAACUUUAGGUCGAUAUACGGUUAUUUAA